CCUGGUCCUCCCGACUCCUCUCAUUUCACAGUUCACUCAGACCUCUCUCCUCCUAACUCUCUCCGAUCGUCCUAGCUCCAUACAUCGCUACCCUCUGUCCGUUGCCAUCAUCAUCAGGCUUCGAUCUUCUUUUCCUGACUCACUCUCUGGAAAUCAGUUUCUCUCCCUCCGACGAACAACGAAGUCGAACAACUCGUGUACCCAGCAAGGUAAUCUGUUCAAACAUGACCGGAGAGCAAGUCUCUAAAGGAAGCGAUGACAUGAUGAUCGACGAAUAUGAACAGAAACAAGGGAGUGUUGUUCCAGGAUUUAACUCCCAUUAUCUCAAAGUUUACUAUGGAAAACUCUUUCCAUAUGCGGAUAUUUUUAAAUGGAUGUCCUAUGGAAAUGAUGGGAAGCAUCCUGCAUGCGACCAGUCCUACUUUAGCCGGAGAGAGUUCUCUUUCACACUGGAUAAUGAUGUCUAUCUGCGGUUCCAGUCCUUCAACUCUGCAUCUGAGCUUGAAAGUUCUGUCAAAGAAAAGUGUCCAGUCAAAAUAGAUAUUGGACCUGUGUAUAGUGUUGAUCCUUCAAAGAGGCACGCAUAUGCUCAGAGUGGCGAUAAUGUUUUCACCCCAGUGGAGAGGGAGCUGAUCUUUGAUAUAGAUAUGUCUGACUACGAUGAUGUGAGGUACUGCUGUUCAGGAGCUGAUGUUUGCUUGGAGUGCUGGCCACUUAUGACAAUUGCUAUCAAAGUGAUUGAUACAGCCCUUAGAGAUGACUUUGGUUUCAGUCACAUUCUCUGGGUAUAUAGUGGUAGACGUGGUGUUCAUUGCUGGGUUUGUGAUGGGAAAGCAAGAAGGCUGACAAAUGAACAGAGGGCAGCUAUUGCUGAUUAUUUUCGUGUCUAUAAGGGCAAUGAAAACAGUCAGAAAAAGGUUUCUUUUACUGGUCAUGCUCUCCAUCCAUUCCUUUCGAGAGCUUAUACUGGAGUUCUUACAGAGUUCUUUAAGAAAUUGCUUUUGAGUCAAAAGAUAUUUUCAACCGAGGAAAGAUAUGAAAAGAUCUUGGAUAUGAUUCCUGAUCCUGAUCAAUCUAUUACUUCUGAGCUUCGUGGAAGGUGGCAAGAGAAGAGACAAACCUCCAGCUCAAAAGAAGACAUUAAUGUUGUUAGAUGGGAGCAGCUAAAAACUAUGCUGCAAUCUGGAAAACCUAAGGUGCAAGGAUUGCGUAGGUGUGUUGAAGAGAUUGUGUUCUCUUUUACCUACCCUAGGCUGGACAUGGAGGUUUCAAAACACAUGAACCAUUUGUUAAAGGCACCAUUCUGUGUACACCCAAAAACAGGUCAUGUUUGUGUUCCAAUUGAUCCAAAUCAUUGUGAGGACUUUGAUCCUACUGCAGUACCAACCCUUUCCACUCUUUUAGAACAACUCAACAUUGGAGGUUUGAGAGCAGAAGGUGAUAAUGAAUGGGACAGAACGGCACUCGGACAAUCAAUCAGGUUUUUCAGAUCAUCGUUUCUGCAGCCUCUGCUAAAAUCUUGCAAGGAGGAGAUGGAAAGCUCCUACACUGCGAGACUGCAGCAGUCGAAGAACUCCUUUAAUUGGUAAAACUGUUUGCUACUAUCAAUUCAUGUUAUGAUGUCCAACUUUCAUGGAUCUAGUUGAUGCUGAAAUUAUAUUUUCGUUCGACAAUUAAGAUUUUAACGAAGAACCGACAUCUAUUUGUAGAUAUUUACUAAUACUAGCGUUUGAGCACUAUUCAGUGUCA